AUUACCAAUAUCACUCGAGAGAGAAAAGUUGCAGAGAAAGAAAGGAACCAAAAAUGUCAGGAAGAGGCAAAGGAGGAAAGGGUUUGGGAAAGGGAGGAGCCAAGAGGCAUCGCAAGGUUCUUCGGGACAAUAUCCAGGGCAUCACCAAGCCCGCCAUUCGCCGUUUGGCCAGGCGUGGCGGCGUUAAGCGUAUCAGCGGUCUCAUCUACGAGGAGACCCGUGGCGUACUCAAGAUCUUUCUAGAGAACGUCAUCCGUGACGCCGUCACUUACACUGAGCACGCUCGCCGGAAGACUGUUACCGCCAUGGACGUCGUCUAUGCUUUGAAAAGACAAGGACGAACUCUGUACGGAUUCGGAGGCUGAUGAAUUUAAUCUUUGUGUAAUCUUUACAGUGUUAAUGGUUAACAAUUUCUAGGGUUUUUCAAUGUGAAUGAAGCUUUUGGAAAUGUUCUAAGAAUCUGAUUACAGUCAAUAUAUUUUAAUAAUGAAUUAUUAUAAUUUCGUUUGUUAA